GUGAUAAUACAACAGAAUAGUCGGAAUUUAUUCUGUGAUGGUACGUUAACACGUCGUUAUUCUGCGAGUUGUCGUACAACAUAAACAUGGAAUACUCGUAAUAUAGUAUAAUAGCAUUCUAAUAUUCUAUGGUAAAACCAUGUGCACAGAUUUCUAUAUUAAACAAUUCGUAUACAUUAUUAUUAAUAUUAUAUUGUAAUAUGGAAAUCUGCGUGUAAUAGCCUACUAUGUAUAAUCUAUAUUGUUGCAUUUAAUUGAAAUUAUUUUUCGACAGUGGUACAUUUUAAUGUGAUUACAAUUCUGUUUCUAUCGACAACUAUAAAAAAAAUGGUAAGAUUUCCAUUGGUCAUGAUUAUCAUUCUGUCACCGUGAUCGCUUAUGAUGUUAAUAACCACUUGUAAGCAGCUCUAAUAGCCUGCUAUACCACAGAUAUCACAGAAUAAAUUAAAAUUAGGAUUUAGUCUAUUCUAUGUCGAUGUACUCUUUUUAACUCGUUGUCAUUACUAAUUUGCCGGCGCGAUCGAGCUCAAGUCACUCGAUUCGCUCAAGAAUAGCACAUCCAUUUUUAUCUCCAUCAAAAAAUGAAUGAAUCAAUAGUAUUAGAUCUGCAAGACAAGUCUGCACACAUAAGUUCAUUAAACAAAACUCCAGCCUCUAUUGUGCAAGAGUAUGCAGCUAAAAAUCGCCUUGUUCCUCAGUACGACCUCAUACACAAUGGUAUAUCUCAUAGUAAAAUCAGCUUUAAGUAUAGUCUGACUAUGGAUAAUUAUGUAGCUGUAGGCGAAGGAUCUUCUAAAAAAGAAGCCAAACAUGUGGCAGCGUUAAAUCUUCUUAAAUUAAUGAUUGAUGAUAAACCCCAAUUAUUGAAUACUGAUUUUAAACAAUGGGAUUUUGACAAUCAUGUGGUUUCUCCAUUUGAUAAUAAUAUUAAAGUGAACGCUGUUGGACAAUUGAAUGACAUUUGUUCAAAUAAUAAACUUGGAUUGCCUGAAUUUAAUUUAGUUAGAGAAGAAGGACAAGCCCAUGCUAAACUAUUUACUAUGAGUUGUCAUGUAGCUAAAAUGGUUGAAACAGCUACACAUAAAACCAAAAAACAGGCCAAACAUUUGGCCGCUGUUCAGAUGGUAAACAAAUUAAUGUCUAUUGACAAGUCACUGGUUAUGGAAGGGGCAUCACAAGUAUCAGACUCUAAGAGAGUCUUGGAACAAGUUGAAAUUAUCAAAUCAGAGCUGUCAAAAAAAUCUAUGCCUAUGGAUGAACAUAUAACUAACUAUCAUAUGCUUUUUAAAACAUUUGAAUGGACUGAAUCUGAUACACUUAUUAAGAUUAUCAAUCAGUACCACAAAAAUAAUGAUUUGGAAUUACUUGAACCUUUUAACAUUUUAUACAAAGUUGUCACUGAAAGUGGAAUGUGCUUAACUUCAAUACCUAUAGAUGAAGAAUUUGUUGAUUUAACACAUAAUAGUUAUUGUAUUCUUGCUAUAGAAAAUGUAUACCCUAAUGUUUAUGGUGCUGGUGAAGCUGACACCAUUGAAAAGGCUAAAUGUAUUGCUGCAAAACAGUUACUCAUUGCAAUUUGUAUAUUAUUAGAUUGAAGACACUUAGUUUUAUUCUGCCAUAGUUCAAAUCAAAUAAACAAAAAAAAAAUGGUUAUAGUUAUUAUAAUAAUAGUU